AUGAAGAUAAAGUGCAUUGCCCUGUUCUCCAUCCUGCUCCUGGUCUCGCAGCUGUUCUUGGUAGAGUGUGAAAAACAGAAGAAAAGAAAAAAUGGGAGAGACGGUAAAGGGGAAGGGAAAGAGCCUGGCUCUGCUGGCACGCACGAGAGAGGCCAGAAAACCAAGGGGGAAAAGAAACUUCCGAGGGGCAAGUUUUCCACGCGAGAGAAUGUCCCCUGUACUUGGGCCGUGACUGAGAAAGAGGGCGUCACCUUGAAAGUUCAAUGUAAAGGACAGGAAACCCAAUUUGAGUGUACCUACACUGGCAACCCAUCUUCCUGCUCCCAUUUUGUGGGCAAUGAAAAAGCCUAUUGGAAACAAAUUGGCCGUGCCUUGCGCAAACAGAAGAACCUUUGUGCAGACCCAAAGAGUGUCCUCAAGUCCCGCGUGUGUAAGAAGGGUUCCAAGGAGGCCCAUCUCAAAAUGGUGGCCUCCACCCUAAAGGACGGGAGCCAGGAUAAGAAGGGGAGAGAGCAUCCUCAAACUCCAGCUCCCACAGCUGCUCUGCCGACCAGUCAGCAAUCAACCACUGAGAAGUGUGUGGAGGACGUUGAAGUGAUCAACCAGAGAAAGGUGGCAGAGGAAUAUUGUGGAGAAUCCUGGAGCUCACUGUGCACCUUUCUGCUCACUAUGCUACAGGACAAAAAGUGCUAA